GCCGGUUCUGGGCCGAGACCGGCGCUUGUCCUGGAGCUCGUUCAGCCCUCCCGGAGCGUCCCCAGAGCGUCCCUGUCGGGUCCCCAGUGAGCAUGGAGGACCAACGGGUGUCCUCUCCCGAGCUGCUGGAGCGGCAGGUCACCGUGGUGGCCACACUGGGCACGGUGGUGGCCGCCGUGACCGGGCAACACAGGGACGUGCGGCGACGCGUGUCCCCAAAGUUCCUGCAUGCAGCCCUGGGGCGAUUCACCCAGAGCCUCCGUGAGAUCCUGGACCACGGCGAUGUCACCUCCCUGGGCCACCGUGGUGUCCCCUCCCUGGGCCAGGCCCUGGCUGCCUUUGACCCCACCACCCCAGAGGCCAGCGGGGACCAUGUGAGAGCCGUGGCCACGGCCUGGCGGACGUUGGUGGCUGCGCUGGAGGAGAGAUGGAAACGCCUGGCCUGGGAGGCUGCUGAGCUCGUAGUUAUCUGUGAGCACACGGACCCUGCCCGGGCCAGGGACCCACAGGACAAGGCCACCUACCGGGGGACAGCUUGGGACAACCUGGUGGCCGCGGUCCGGUGGCCAACGGUGGCCCUGGACUGGGAGAAGGAGCAGGAGGAGGAGGUGGCCUCGGCAGGGGCCACGCGCGAUGCCCAGGAGGCAGCGGCCACCAGCAAGGAGGAGGUGGCCACCAGCGAGGCCAUGGGAGAGGCUGUGGUGGCAAGGGUGGACACCAGGAGGGGACACUGGGCAGAGGCAGCCCUGGAGCCGCUGAAGCGCUUGGUGGAAGCGUGUGACCGAGCCGUCGCGUUCACCAGGAACGUGGAGUUCUACCUCUGGGAGGUCAAGUUCAUCCUGAAGUGGGGAGAGCAGACGUCCCGCGACGUUCGCGAGGACUUGGAGGCCAAGGUGGCCGAGUUGGAGCAGCUGUGGAAUGCCAGCGCCCGCCUGUUCAGCAAUUACCUGCUGGGGGUACUGGAGCUCAUUGACAGCAUCCUCUUGAAUCCCUAUGGUGGCCCUGGUGGCCCCGGUGGCCCAGGUGGCCCUGGCAGCCGCGCAGUGACCAAGCUGUGUGAAAAAGCCAUCGAGAACAUCCCGAAGCUGCUGCAGGGACAGUGAUGUCACUGCUGUGAUGUCAUCGGGGCAGUGAUGUCACUGGGGAGACUUGUGGACACUUGAGUGCCACCAGCUCGAGUGCCACCAGCUCCUCGUGUCCCCAAGAGCCCCUCAAGUGCCAGCAGCUCCUCGUGUCCCCAGGAGCCCCUCAAGUGCCACCAGCUCCUCGUGUCCCCAAGAGCCCCUCAAGUGCCACCAGCUCCUCGUGUCCCCAGGAGCCCCUCAAGUGCCAGCAGCUCCUCGUGUCACCCGGAGCCCCUCAAGUGCCAGCAGCUCCUUGUGUCACCCGGAGCCCCUCAAGUGCCACCAGCUCCUCGUGUCACCCGGAGCCCCUCAAGUGCCACCAGCUCCUCGUGUCCCCAAGAGCCCCUCAAGUGCCACCAGGUCCUUGUGUCACCAGGAGCCCCUCAAGUGCCACCAGCUCCUUGUGUCACCAAAAGCCCCUCAAGUGCCACCAGCUCCUCGUGUCACCAAGAGUCCUUCAAGUGCCAGCAGCUCCUUGUGUCACCAGGAGCCCCUCAAGUGCCACCAGCUCCUCGUGUCCCCAGGAGCCCCUCAAGUGCCACCAGCUCCUCGUGUCCCCAGGAGCCCCUCAAGUGCCACCAGCUCCUCGUGUCCCCAGGAGCCCCUCAAGUGCCACCAGCUCCUCGUGUCCCCAAGAGCCCCUCAAGUGCCACCAGCUCCUCGUGUCACCAGGACCUCAUGCAGGAGAACCUGGGGGGGUCCCUUGGGGCUCAGUCCUGUCCCCCCCCCCCAUUAUCAGCCAGGACCCCCCCCCAUGAGAAACGGGUCAGAAUUGAAAUUUUUAUAAAAGUUUAAGGGAUAAAAUCCUGGUGCUAAUUGCCAAAAGCUCACCAUUAAUUAAACCACGUUCUUUAUAUUCUGUUACACCACAGCAGUUCAUGCAUAUUCAUAAGGGUUGAUGCAUAUUCAUAGUAUAUUAUUGAUCUAUAUAUAGAUGAGUAAUAAUAUAGAAAUACAAUAUAUAUUUUACAAAAGUAUUUUAUAAUAAUAUAUUUUAU